UGAGGUUGCCGAUGCCAGACACUGGCUUGUGAGGCCGCUCCAGCUCUGUCUUUUUAAUCGAUACUUCGUUGCUUCCUGAAGAUGGAGAAGGUCUGUUCUUUCUGGAUGCUGCUGGUCUGUCUGGUGGGAGGAGCUGCAGCCAGAACGGUUGCAGAGACAAGAAAUAAAGAUUUUCAGGAGUCUAGGCCUCUAAUUGUGCCAGGUUACCCCAGGAACACCACAGUGGAGUUGGGUGGUCAGGCAAGACUGCUGUGCAAAGUCCACAAGCCAGCAUUCACCAAGGUGCAAUGGCUGAAGUCUGAAUCCAGCAGCACAGGAGCAAGCCAGCCUCAGAUCAAAGCUCUGACGCCCCUGCAGAGCAGCUCCUCCAAAACCAAAACUCUUCACUUGUCCAAUGUCACGCUGGAAGAUGCAGGCGAAUACAUCUGCGUGGCUGAGAGCAGCCAUGCCGGGGAGACUCUCCAGGCCAUGCAGUCGGCGUGGCUGCAGGUCCUGCCUGGAAGCACUUCCCAAGGUUUAGAAUUGAACUCAGCAGAUGUCCUUCCAGCAGAACUCCCCCCUCGAAGACCCUCCCUGCAGGCCGGUCUGCCUGAAAACGCCACAGCAGUGGUAGGGAGUGAUGCUCAGUUUCUGUGUAAGGUCCACGGUGACUCUGGCGCUAAAAUGCAGUGGCUGAAGCACGUGGAAAUAAACGGCAGUCGCUUCUCCCCCGAGGGUCGUCCCCACGUCAAGAUCCUUAAAACGAGCAGCUCCGACUCUAAUCACGGGGUAGAAAUGGAGGUGUUGUCAUUGUCAAACGUCAGCCCGGAUGAUGCGGGAGCGUACACCUGCUGGGCCGAAAAUUCAGCGGGCUUUGUCUUCCAAACCGCCUGGCUCACUGUCAUUCCAGAUCCUGAAACAAGACGCACAUGGGUUCAGGAGGUCGAAGUUGAAAGAGAGGCUGAUUUAGAUGUCCUGGAGGACCUCAGUGAGGACACCACAGAGCAUCUUGUCUUGGAGCCAGGUGAUGUUUUGAAGCUGCGCUGCGAUGUGAGCACACGGCGCAGCGCUGCUGUGACCUGGUACAAGGAGGGUGUCCGGCUCCUGGCCACGACACGCAUCAAGAUGCGAGGCGCCAUGGUGGAGAUCACAGACGUGACCUACGAGGAUUCAGGAGUUUAUGUUUGCACGCUUAGAGGAACCAAACACCCUGUGAGGAACUUCACCAUCACUGUUGCAGACUAUUUAGGGUCUGGAGAUGAUGAUGAGGACAAUGGAUUGGGAGAUUCAUCUGCUGAGAGUGAAAAUGACCAAGUGUACCUUUCUAGAGGUCCCUUCUGGACUCACACCCAGCGUAUGGAGAAGAAGCUGUACGCCGUCCCUGCAGGCAACACAGUGAGGUUUCGCUGCCCGGCCAUGGGCACCCCAAUCCCAACUAUUCGCUGGCUGAAAAACGGACGGGAAUUCAGAGGAGAGCAUCGGAUCGGGGGGAUCAAGCUGCGGCACCAGCACUGGAGCUUGGUGAUGGAGAGCGUCGUGCCCUCGGACAGAGGAAACUACACCUGUGUGGUGGAAAACGAAUACGGUUCCAUCUCCCAUAACUAUGUCCUGGAUGUUCUGGAGCGCUCCCCCCACAGGCCCAUUCUGCAGGCGGGUCUACCAGCCAAUACCACAGCAGUGAUAGGAAGUGACGUUCAAUUCCGCUGUAAGGUCUACAGCGAUGCCCAGCCUCACAUUCAGUGGCUGAAGCACAUUGAAAUUAACGGCAGUCGCUUCGCCCCUGAUGGGGUUCCCUACGUAAACGUCCUCAAGACAGGCAGUCUGAACAUGUCCGACGUGGAGGUGCUCUACCUGUCAAAAGUUACCAUGGAGGAUGCAGGAGAGUACACCUGUCUGGCUGGAAAUUCAAUUGGCUACGCCCACCAGUCUGCCUGGCUUACUGUGCUGUCAGAAGAAGAAGCAGCUGACUCCAUGGAAACCAUGGAAACCAAAUACACGGACAUCGUCAUUUACGCCUGUGGAUUCCUGGCCUUAAUCAUGGCGGUCAUCAUUGUGGUGCUGUGCCGGAUGCAGGUCCAGCCCAGACGAGAGCCGUUUGAUGCCCUUCCAGUUCAGAAGCUCUCCAAAUUCCCUCUUCGUAGACAGUACUCGGUGGAGUCCAACUCAUCAGGGAAGUCCAGCGCCUCUCUGAUGAGGGUGGCUCGCCUCUCGUCCAGCUGCUCCCCCAUGCUGGCAGGAGUCAUGGAGUUUGAGCUUCCCUACGAUCCAGAGUGGGAGUUCCCCAGAGAGAAUUUAACGCUUGGCAAGCCUCUGGGGGAAGGCUGCUUUGGUCAGGUGGUUAGGGCUGAGGCCUACGGCAUCAACAAGGACGGCCCGGAGCAGGCCACCACGGUGGCCGUGAAAAUGCUCAAAGAUGACGCUACAGACAAAGACCUGGCUGACCUUAUCUCUGAAAUGGAGCUGAUGAAGGUGAUGGACAAGCACAAGAACAUCAUAAACCUGCUGGGAGUCUGCACACAGGACGGCCCUCUUUAUGUGCUGGUGGAGUAUGCAUCCAAAGGCAGUUUGAGGGAGUACCUGCGGGCCAGGCGACCUCCAGGCAUGGAUUACACCUUUGAUGUGACCAAAGUGCCAGAGGAACAGCUCACCUUCAAAGACCUGCUGUCCUGUGCCUACCAGGUGGCCCGAGGAAUGGAGUACCUGGCCUCCAAAAGGUGCAUCCACAGGGACCUGGCAGCCAGGAACGUUCUGGUGACGGAGGACAACGUGAUGAAGAUUGCAGACUUUGGCCUGGCCAGAGGAGUCCACCAGAUUGACUACUACAAGAAAACCACCAAUGGGCGUCUGCCAGUGAAAUGGAUGGCACCAGAAGCUCUGUUUGACAGAGUCUACACACACCAAAGUGAUGUGUGGUCGUUUGGUGUCCUUAUGUGGGAGAUUUUCACGUUGGGGGGUUCGCCGUACCCCGGCAUCCCCGUCGAGGAGCUCUUCAAACUGCUAAAGGAGGGACACCGCAUGGACAAACCUUCCAACUGCACACAUGAACUAUAUAUGCUGAUGACCGAGUGCUGGCACGCCAUUCCAAACCAGAGACCGACGUUCAAGAAGCUGGUGGAGGAGCUGGACAAGGCUCUGCUCUCCAUUUCUGACGAGUACUUGGACCUGUCCACGCCUUUCGAGCAGUACUCCCCUUCCUGUGAGGACACGUCCAGCUCCUGCUCAUCUGACAACGACUCCGUUUUUACCCACGAUGCCUUGUCCACUGAUCCCUGCCUCCUGAGCUACCAGGACGUGCACUCCCGGAUAGACACAAAGACGGCUCUCCGAUAGGAACUCAAACCCAACACUGGAGUGGCCCAGUGCUUCUCUUGUACAGUGCCACGUCUAUUGGAUGCCAAACUAAAGGUCUGCUGCUGCAUUUAUAAAGAUUAAGUUAAAGAUUUUUAUUUUUAACAGGACCUCCAUUACGGCACCAGUUAAAGCCCUUAGAUAUAAGCAGGCAUUUAUGCACACAGACUCAUACUUACACACAUGCACAUGGAGCACUGAGGCCAUCGGCUUCAUCAAGAGGUGGAGAAGAACUGCAGGAAGCCAGCAGAAGAAAGGAGGACAAAAACAGACCGUCAGCGCUGUGCCCAAGAACAGGAACCUCAAAAAAAUAGGCAGAAGACACCCCUGAAUCUCACCAGCUCCUCUUCAGAGGAAGACAAUGGACAACCCCACACCCCUCCUCAGCAAACAUGACCCAAAGCCAGGGUUUGAAACCUCGGUCGUAAAGACAUUUUUUGUACAGAAAGAAAGAUUUAUUUUGCUAUGUAAAAGGUAAGAAGCUGAUUGUUGAAUAUAAAUCUCUCUAUAUAAGAUUAUUUUACUUUUGUGUUGCUUAUUUAAGAAGAAAACUGUCUUAAAUCUCAGGAUCUCUCAUGCUAAGUUGCUGUGUUGGCAACAAAGUGCCUGAACUGACGAUUUCCUGUGAAUAUAUUAGAUUAUUAAAAUAAUUAUAUGUACAUAAUAAUAAAAGGAAGGCGUUUGCGUGUUAUAAGUUAUUCCGAAUGACGCAAAAAAUUAAGGUACUGGAGGCAGGAGGAGAGGAGGAAUCUAAUCCCAAAAGUGCCAAACCAGCAGCAGCAGCGGCGGCAGCGGUCAGGCUAGCUUCCUGUUCAUCCUUCCUUCCAAAACUCCUCACUUGUAUCUAUUAGCCUGCAGAAAUCUGCCUCAGAUUGCAAACCAACAUUGCAAACCAACAACAGAUGAUGGGAAUAAUUGGCUUCAACAAAAAAAAA